AUGUCUGAUUUAUCUUCGUUACGGAAACGCAUUGACGAUCUCGACAACACGUUGGUCGAUUUACUGAAUGAGCGCGCUCAAGUAUCGCUCAACAUUGGUGCUGCCAAGCGAAAAGCAACCGACAGUGAUACAAAGGAGCUCCAUGUAUAUAUGCCUGGACGUGAGAAGGAGGUGUAUGCAAAGCUUGAACGGCUUAAUCAAGGACCUUUGGCGCACGACUCUCUCCAUGCUAUUUUCCGUGAGAUCAUGUCGGCUUCGAUUGCCUUGCAAAAAGAUAUCUCCAUUGCCUAUCUCGGACCCCCUGGCACAUUUUCGCAUCAAGCAGCAUACAAACGAUUGGGUGAUAGCGUUGCCUAUAUGCCAGUAAAGCAGAUUGCAGAUGUAUUUGAUGCAGUGGAGAAAAAGAAAGCAACCUAUGGUUUGGUACCCUUUGAAAACUCGACAUUCGGCACGGUGGUUGAAUCCAUGGAUUGCUUCAUCAAGACCAGCGUUCAUGUGCGUGCAGAGAUAUAUUUAACGGUACACCAAUGCUUAUUAUCCAAUAGUACCAUGGACAAGAUCACCAAGGUGUACAGUCAUCCACAGGGGCUUGGUCAAACGCAACAAUGGUUGACAACCCAUCUUCCCAAUGCCAAACGUAUUCCUGUCAAAUCGACUGCUGAAGCUGCUGAACAAGCUGCAGCUGAACAAGGGGCUGCUGCUGUAUGUAGUGAGAUUUGUGCCAGCUUAUAUGGAUUGGAUAUUCAUGCACGGGAUAUCGAAGAUAAUGCAGCAAAUACCACACGCUUCCUUUUGAUUGGUACCUCCUCUGACAAUGCCACGAACGAUGAUCACACACUUAUUCAUUUUACUGUGGAUCAUCGACAACCCGGUGCCCUUUGUGAUGGACUCAAGGUGUUUAAGGAUUAUGGACUUAACCUCUUCAAGAUUGAUUCUCGUCCCAGUGGACAACGCCCUUGGCAUUACGUGUUUAUGGUUGAAUGUUCUGGCCAUCAUCAAAAUCAACCAGUGCAAGAUGCAGUGAAGGAAUUGGAAAAGUAUUGUUUGGAUGUGGUAGUACUUGGUAGUUUCCCCAAUCAAAGAAGACCCGAAUAG